GAGGGAAACCAAGUGCUCUGUGGAAACUAUAGACACAGGCCUAGCACACUUUCAUCAUCAGGAAUCAAAUUUCAGUGACUACUGCGGGAGAACAUAUGCACAUUUUAUACAUAAACUAAACUGCCUGAAACAGCAGUAAACACUCUUUUCAGGUGAGCAUUUUUUUGUUUUGAAAAUUGCUGUGAAUUGCUGUGUGUGAGAAGGGGAGGCAGAAAGUAUAAUUAUUUAUUAUUUGGAAUUACUAAGGGAACAGUCUAAAAAUAAAGUCGAACAUCUGCACUAAAUACCCAAACAAAUGUGAUAGUGUAACUGGGCUCUAUACAGUUUUUAAGCCACUAUACAGCAGUGACAUCUCUUGGUCAAAAGCCUCAAUAGCAAUAGAGGAAGGAAACUACUGAGUUAAAGGUUAAGCCUCAAAGGAAAUUCAAUGAGAUUCAUGUGUGUGUCAAGGGCACUUAAAGCAUUAGUAGCUCCCCAGAAAGUAAACUUUGAUUGAUGUAAUAAAAACAAUGGGAGGCAAUGGGGCAGAAUAUGUGGGUGUAGGUCAGAAGGAACAAAUUACACAAAGGUGUUCACUAUAACACAAAGGUGCUCCAGAACAGCAUAAAGGACUUAAAUAGUGUAGUGUAACCUACCUUAUAGACAGCAAAGACUGAGACAAUCAAAUGCAGGACAAUGUGGUAACGUUCUUUGGAGGACAGGACAUCACAGCUGAAUUUAAAGAAUGAAAAUUAAUGUUAUGCUCAAAAUCCAAUGUUUAUAUGGCAUAAUGCAAGAAUUCAUAUGGUAUGGUAAGUAGGCUUAAAUAAUGACUAAUGUAGACGAGACAUACAUGGCCUAUAUCAUACCACUUUUGAUGUAAUCUUGUGCUUUGCUAAUCAUUUAUGCUCGUUUGUUCUUAUAAGCCCAUCGUACUACAGAACUUAAUUUGUUUCAGUUACCUAAUCAGUCAACUCUACAGUCGGGAUUCCAGGCGAAUUUCAGCCACAGGUUUCAUUCUUUCCAGUGCCAGCGUGUUCAUUUUGAAUAUUAUAACAACACAUAUUUUAAAAGUAUAAUUAUUAGACAGACAUGCAAACAAAUCCGUAAAUUAAAUUUAUCUAUCUAUUUAUUUAUUGUAUUUGCUUGCCGCUGUAGGGGCUAGCACAUGAUUUGGUCUUUAGACGUCGAGGAGGAAAUAGCCAAUCACAGACGUUCAUUGGCUGCGUACGACGGAAGUCAACAUUUAGCCACAGUUAACAAAACUUCCCUCUUAGCCAAAUCCACACACGAAUGCUUUUAAAAUGGCUGAUUGUUGUAUUAUUGGCUGUGACAACAAAGCAGCAAAACGUGGAGAAGUAAAAUUUUACCCAUUACCCACCGCUCAAAGCUCACGGCCGUUUAAAGUGAAGCGACGUCGGCUUUGGUUGGAGGCGAUCGAGAAGGCGAAUGGGACCACGGAGGGAUUGGGCCAUGAUUCUCAAAUAUGCAGCGCACAUUUCGUUUCAGGACAAAUGUCCCUUGAAAUGUCCGACCAAGACUUUAUCCCAUCUGUAUUUCCCAAGGAGCACACAACAAAGUCAAGAAGGCAGACCUUGAGACCACGCCCAGGUGUACGUCCUGAAUCCCCCAAAGUGACACCAAAAAAACGGAGACCAGUUAAUGAGAAAGUCAGCCUGUCCAGCAAUAUUAUUUUGCCUGAAAAUAAUUAUUGUGAACCUUUGGAGGAUGAAGGGGUAAUGGAGGAAGAUGUAGUGAAGAAAGAAGUAGUGAAUGAAAAGGUAUCCAAGGAAGAGCCACCCAGUAGUGAAGAAACUAUAGAAUAUGUAAAACUCAAAAAACCCAAGUUGGAGUUGAAGUCUAUCGUUGAUUCUGGUCACUUUCGAUGUGAGGUGUGUAAUGGUCUAUUCUCCACUGGCCAAGGGCUUGUUAAACACAAACAACUCCAUGAGCAAGAAUGGUCUGAUGAAGAUGAAACUCUGCCCUCAGUGUCUGACUUUAUGGUAAAGAGUGAAUUUUUUGAAAAAGCAAAUGCAGUGGAGGAGCCUUCAUUUCAAUGCAAUAUGUGCAGUCGAUCAUUUCCAACCACCCAUACCCUGAAACGGCAUAAACUUUUGCAUGUUCGAGAUGCCAGGAAGUGCACACUGUGUGGGACAAUGUUUUGUAAGAGACAUAAUCAUAUUGUUGCCCAGCCACAGAUUUCCACAGAAACUAAUUUUGAAGAUGAUGAAACAAAUAAUAUGAAUGAAACGGCAGAAAGCCUGACGCUAACAUCAAGUGACGGUGAUGAUCUUGAUGAAGGUUUAGAGCUGCUGCUAAACUCUGAUAGCCCAACACUGGAAUCCAUAGUAGCUACACAAGAACAACUCGAAUCACCAGCUGAUCUACUGCACAAAGAUGCCCCAGCCAUUACUUAUAACCCACGGAAACCAGGCCUUCUUACAGCAUUCAAGUCCUUUUUAACCAAACACAAGCCUUCUGACGUUAAACCAAAAAAAUAUAUUAUUGGCAGGUGCCAAAGCAUGAUGGCUACGCAAACUACUGCCACUUGCACUAAUGCUAUUACUACUACUACUACUCCUAUUAUAACUCUUACUGCCCCUAUUACUGCUAUUACUCCUCCUGUUACUUCUAUUACUCCUCCUGUUAAUGCCCCUAUUUCUACUGCUACUCUCCCUAAAACUACUGCCAGUACUGCUAUUAUUAUGACUUCCACCACAGGCAUGAUAUCCAAGCCAGUGUCAAAACUGUUCAGCAAAACAGAUGGUUUGACAACGUCUACAAAAACUAUAACCCCUCAACCUGGAAAACCUGUUAUUAUUGUACCCAGGCAACAGCAGCUUCAUGAACCUUUUCAGAAAAUGGAGCAAUCUACUGUCUGUCUGUCUUUUUCCAAGCCACUACCAACCAACGUCAUACAAGAGUUCAUGACGUAUAUUAGCAAAAAUGAGAGCAUGAAAUCAACAACACCACGACUUGUAACUUUUACUACUAAACAAGAUCAAGUAAUAGCCAAGCAGGAGACAAAAGAAGUUACCUCCAUAAUCAAACUUGAGCCAUCUAUAACUCCUAUUACAACAACUCCUUUACCUGAAAAAUCUGUUUCACUUCCAAAACAGGAAAAAACUACCUAUAUGAUCACCACUCAGCCAAAGUCAGAUCUCAAAACUACUCCUCAAAUAAUGAAAUCUCCCAUUCAGAAACCAUCCAUUCAGAAAACUCUACUUCCAAAAAAGACUUCAGCUGUUCCUUCUGUUAAGCCUAAAAUCAAACUCAAUAAAAUCAAGCCUAAACCAACAGUGCAAGCCCUUUACCAGCGUCCUUAUGUUCAUGGAUCCCAGCCACCUUCACCGGAGCCCAUCUUUGCUAAGAUUAAGAGCGGGCCUUGGGAUUCACCAUUUCCAAAUUACCCCAAAGAUUUCGUCCAGCCACACCUGCCCCAGACUCCAUUACUACCGCCCACACUACAGAUGUUCUCACCACAGCUCCUCACAUCUGCAAUGCUCGAGGUGGAAAGAAACUUUGAAUGUAUUUUGAGUAACUGAUGCUUGCUAGAUGCAAAACACAAUC